GUAUGUUAGUCACAUUCAUCUCACAUAACAAUAUUCAUUCACCACCAUGGCUACUUCACUACCACUGCUUCAAGACAGAGUUGCAAUCGUCACCGGCUCUUCCCGCGGAAUCGGCAAAGAGAUUGCACUCCACCUAGCUUCACUUGGAGCCAGACUCGUCAUCAACUACACUUCCAACUCCAACCACGCCGACUCAGUCGCCGACGAGAUCAACGCCAACCAAGCCACUCCACGAGCCAUAACCGUCCAAGCCGACGUGUCAGAUCCAGCUGGUGUGAAAUCUCUCUUCGACUCCGCUGAAGAAGCCUUCAACUCUCCGGUUCACAUCCUAGUCAACUCAGCCGGCGUCACUUCCGCCGAGUUCCCUACCAUAGCAAACACAACCGUUGAAACCUUCGAUCGCAUCAUGAACGUGAACGCAAGAGGAGCGUUUCUCUGUGCAAAAGAAUCUGCGAACAGAUUAAAGCGCGGUGGCGGAGGGAGAAUUAUAUUUCUGACAACUUCCUUAGCGGCGGCUUUUAAUCCAGGUUACGGCGCGUACACGGUGUCGAAGGCGGGAGUAGAAGCGAUGACGAAGAUUCUGGCGAAGGAACUGAAGGGGACAGGGAUUACGGCGAAUUGUGUGGCGCCUGGACCAACUGCGACGGAGAUGUUCUUUGAAGGGAAGACAGAAGAGACGGUGAAGAUAAUUGCAGAAGGUAAUCCGUUUGGUAGAAUUGGUGAAACCAAAGAUAUUUCUCCUAUUGUUGGGUUUUUAGCUACGGAUUCUGGUGAAUGGAUUAAUGGUCAGAUUAUUCGUGUUAAUGGUGGAUUUGUUUAGUUAAUCCAUGAGCUAUGUGAAAUAAAUUGUAAAAUUAAAAUAUGGCAGUGAAAGAAAGGAUCACUAAAUUAAAAGAGUUGCAAGCUAAACAGAGGGAUGUGUCUGUGUAAAGCAGAAGGGCUUCUUCUCCACCGGAGGAGCCGGUGACAGAGUAGCAACCGUCACUAUCACUGACUCAUUCCGCGGAAUUGGCAGAGAAAUCGCACUCCACAUUGCUUCACUCGGCGCCAGACUCGUCAUCAACCACACUUAUAGCUUCAUUUGUCUGAUUUUGAAGGCAUUAAUUGUCUAGCUGUUAACUAUGGUCUAACUUUAAACUUGGUUCAAUAUGCUGCUCAUCUUCCGCUCGUAUUGCAUGCAUGGCCUGACACUUGCACAUUUCACGGAGGAUUGAAAACUGGCAUUGUUGGUAGAACAGGUAGCGGCAAAUCAACUCUUAUACAAACACUUUUCCAACUCGUUGAACCUACUGCCGGGAAAGUUAUCAUUGACAACAUCAACAUCUCUACAAUCAGACUGCAUGAUUUGAGGUCUCGACUAAGUAUUAUUCCGCAAGAUCCAACAAUGUUUGAGGGGACAGUGAGAAGUAAUCUGGACUGGACCCCCUUGAAGAGUACACUGAUGAGCAAAUAUGGGAGGUGUGUUUGUGUUUUUUUAUUCGUCGAAAAAAAUGCAAUGACUGUGACACUUGAUUUUAACCAAAAUUUUAGACUUGCAAAUCAAGGUUUUAAAUUGCGGUCCGCAUCAGCAAUUGCGGACGCAAUAUUGCUGAUGCGGUAG